UCAGAUGGAGUUUCUGGACGUGAGCCAUCGUUGGAACUCCUGUCACGGGCACAGAUCCACGCCAUACCUGUGCCAGCCAUCAUGAUCUACAUGAUCAAGUUCAACAAUGGAAAAUAUUGCCCAGGAUGCUUAUAUAAUAAUCUUCCUUGGUGAUUUCAGGAUUGGUCUACACACAAGGCAAAAUGCAGUGGGAAUGAGACAGUAGAAUGGACUGUGCCACUUCAGAGUACAGCUAUGGACUUGAAGCCGGUUCUUCCCAUGGUGAUGCAGAGUUCUUGCAACAGCAGCAGCAGCCCAGUGGAUUUGCGGAUGGAUUCCCGGUCCAAUGUGCCUACUAUGGACCCAACUGCCCGGGAGCAGCAGCUGCAGCAGGAACUACUGGCUCUGAAACAGCAACAGCAAUUGCAGAAGCAGCUGCUCUUUGCCGAGUUUCAGAAGCAACAUGAGCACCUAACACGGCAGCAUGAAGUCCAAUUGCAGAAACACCUCAAGCAACAGCAGGAGAUGUUGGCAGCAAAGCGUCAACAAGAACUAGAGCAACAGCGUAAACGAGAACAACAGCGUCAAGAAGAGCUGGAGAAGCAGCGUCUGGAGCAGCAGUUACUCAUCUUACGCAACAAGGAGAAAAGCAAAGAAAGUGCUAUUGCAAGCACUGAAGUGAAGCUGAAACUUCAAGAGUUCCUUCUCAGCAAGUCAAAAGAGCCAACUACAGUGGGUGGCUUGAAUCAUUCCCUCUCCCAGCAUCCCAAAUGCUGGGGGGCUCAUCAUACCUCAUUGGACCAGAGUUCCCCUCCCCAGACAGGAAGCCCGGGAACACCAGCCUCUUGCAAACUACCUUUACUUGGCACUUAUGAUAGCAGAGAUGACUUUCCACUCCGGAAAACUGCCUCAGAACCCAAUUUAAAAGUGCGCUCACGAUUAAAACAGAAGGUGGCAGAGAGAAGAAGCAGUCCUCUGUUGCGGAGGAAAGAUGGGACAGUCAUCAGCACCUUCAAAAAACGAGCAAUUGAAAUUACAGUGUCUUCAAUGUGCAACAGUGCUCCUGGAUCUGGCCCAAGUUCCCCAAAUAGCUCCAACUGCGCCAUCACAGAAAAUGGGCUUACUGGGUCAGUGCCUAAUAUACAUACUGAGAUGUUGCCCCAGCACCAAGCUGUUACUGUGGAUGGAUCAGCUAGCCAACUCAGCCUAUACACUUCUCCAUCACUGCCCAAUAUCUCCUUAGGACUCCAGGCAACUGUCACAGUCACAAAUUCACACCUCAAUGCCUCCCCAAAUCUAACCACACAGCAAGAAGCAGAGCGCCAGACCAUCCAAUCAUUGCGCCAGGGAGGUGCCUUGACAAGCAAGUUCCUCAGCAUGUCAUCUAUUCCCAGUUGCCUUCUGGGGGUUGCUCUUGAGGGAGAGACCAAUAAUCAUGGGCAUGCUUCCUUGCUUCAACAUGUCCUGCUUCUGGAACAAGCUCGGCAACAGAAUACACUAAUUGCUGUUCCUCUGCAUGGCCAAUCCCCUCUAGUGACAGGAGAACGCAUCCCCUCCAACCUACGCACUGUAAGCAAGUUGCCUCGACAUCGUCCAUUGAGCCGCACCCAAUCAUCCCCACUGCCUCAGAGCCCCCAAGCAUUGCAACACUUGGUUGUGCAGCAGCAGCACCAACAUUUCCUGGAGAAGCAGAAACAGCAGCAGAUUCAGCUGGGAAAGAUAAUCACUAAGACUGGUGAGUUGCCACGGCCACCUACCACACAUCCUGAAGAAACAGAAGAGGAAUUGACAGAACAACAGGAAUCUUUGGGGCUUGGUUUGGGCUUGGGCCAGGGGCCCUUUGUGCUGGAUGGGUCAAUAGAAAAUGAGGGCACCCAGGAUGGCUUGGAUGAACAAGAGGAGGAUGAGGAAGAAGAAAAGAGGGCAGCCAAAGAGCAAGGCUGUCUCCAGAUGAAUGAUGAAGACGGAGUUAAUAGGCUGGAAGAAGAACAGGAGGUUGAGGAGGUGGGAGUUACUUACAGGCAGGUAUUCGCUGAUGCGCAUCAACUAAGAUCUCUGCAGCUCUAUCAAACUCCCCUGAGCAUCAGCACUGUACCCCAUCAAGCCCUUAGCCGUACCCAGUCUUCACCGGCUAGCACUAGUCUGAAGAACAGUACACCUGAGCCAUUGGUCCAUCACCUUUUCACUACAGGUGUUGUUUAUGACACGUUCAUGCUGAAACACCAAUGUACAUGUGGAAACACUAAUGUUCACCCAGAACAUGCUGGGAGGAUCCAAAGUAUUUGGUCCAGACUACAAGAGACAGGAUUGCUAACCAAGUGCGAGAGAAUCCGAGGUCGAAAGGCAACAUUGGAUGAAAUCCAAGCUGUCCAUUCAGAACAUCACACAUUACUAUAUGGAACAAGCCCCUUGAACAGGCAAAAACUUGACAACAAGAAAUUACUAGGUCCCCUUAGUCAGAAGAUGUAUGCUGUCCUCCCGUGUGGUGGAAUCGGGGUUGACAGUGACACAGUGUGGAAUGAGAUGCAUUCAUCCAGUGCAGUCCGCAUGGCUGUUGGCUGUUUGCUGGAGCUGGCCUUUAAAGUUGCAUCAGGGGAACUUAAGAAUGGAUAUGCUGUCAUCCGACCACCAGGUCACCAUGCAGAAGAGUCUACUGCCAUGGGCUUUUGCUUCUUCAACUCUGUUGCCAUUGCUGCUAAGCUUCUACAACAAAAGCUUGCCAUCAGUAAAAUCCUCAUUGUGGAUUGGGAUAUCCAUCAUGGCAAUGGGACCCAGCAGGCAUUCUACAGUGACCCCAGUGUUUUAUACAUUUCCCUCCAUCGUUAUGAUAAUGGAAAUUUCUUCCCAGGGAGUGGAGCUCCUGAAGAGGUUGGUGGUGGGAUGGGUGUAGGUUACAAUGUAAACAUUGCCUGGACUGGUGGAGUGGAUCCCCCUAUUGGCGAUGUGGAAUAUCUAACAGCCUUCAGGACUGUGGUGAUGCCUAUAGCCCAGGAGUUUUCUCCAGAUAUGGUCCUUGUUUCUGCUGGCUUCGAUGCUGUUGAGGGACACUUAUCCCCGUUGGGUGGAUAUUCUGUCACAGCCAAAUGUUUUGGCCAUCUGACCAAACAACUGAUGGAUCUAGCAGAUGGGCGUGUUGUCCUAGCUUUAGAAGGUGGUCAUGAUCUGACUGCCAUCUGUGAUGCCUCUGAAGCCUGUGUCUCUGCCUUGCUUGGCAUUGAGUUGGAACAGUUGGAUCAAGCUCUGUUGCAACAAAAACCCAAUUCAAAUGCCAUAGCUACAUUGGAGAAUGUCAUUGAAAUCCAGAGCAAACAUUGGAAUUCAUUGAAAAGUUCUGCAACAAUGGUUGGCUGUUCGUUGCUGGAGGCCCAAAAGGGAGAAGCAGAAGAAGCAGAGACUGUCAGUGCAAUGGCAUCACUGUCAGUGGACACAGAGCAGGGAAAAGCAGACUGUGAUGUCAGAUCAGUAGAAGAGCCAAUGGAGGCUGAACCAGUGUUGUGAAGUGCCAAGACUUCAAUUUCUGUAGCUGUCACUCUGUGGGUUUAAUUGGUCAUUUGUGAGUUCGUUAAAACAACAACAAAAUUAUUAUUUUUUAUCUAUUAAAAAGAAAAAAAGGAAAAAAAAAGAGUUGCACUGGACAAAAUGAGCCUCUGUGUGUAUGCGUGAUCGCGUCAGUCUCCAAGCAUUUGUUCUCACCAGCAUCACCAUUUUGUCCUGACUCUUUGGAGAUUUGUGAAGGAACUUGGUGAGGGGGCUUUCACGUGGACAUCUCCAUUAUUCCUUUUUCAGAUAUCAUUCCCUCCCCACUCCUCCCUUCAUUGGACACUAAACCUGUUUUCUGUCUCUUUGUCUCUUAUACCUACAGUUAGUAAGAGGUGUCAAAGAAGUAUAAACUUUUCCUCAAAAUCAUUUUUUCCAAUGUUCAGGUGGAUCCUAAUUCAGAAUUAAUCAAAAUCUUGAAUCUGGAUGCCCAUUUUGAGCAAGGAAUUGUUGGAUUUAAUGAUCUUUAUUGGUCAUCUUCAACUCUUGUAAUUCAGUUUCAUCUCCUCUUUCCUCUUCCAUAUUCAUAUAUAUAAUUUUCCCUCCUUCAUUUGUUUGGAAUGAAAGAGAAAUGGAUUGCAGUCUGAACAAAGGGACCCACAGCUGCCUCUUGCAUUUUAGAGUCUAGAACAGGAGAAUUUUCCUAUGCAGCACAGAGCCCCAGAGGUUCUACUGUCCUAGGCAGGCCAUCCAUAUUACCGGUUUGCAUUGAACGAGACUUGCCCACUUCACCUCUUCCUAAAUCUGAUCCUGAAACAGCAUUCCUUUCUUCUGGGUUAUUUGCAAAUGAGUUGGGGUUGAAAAUCCUCCCAUCCUCCCCCCCCCCCCCAAGCCCUGAAUUUUCAAAAUGCCUUUUCCCCUGAUUUUGCAAUUUUUAAUGUUUUCAUUCUCUUUCCUACCCCCAAAAUAGAUUCAUGGAUAUUUGGAUUUAAUGCUACCUUUGUUGCCUAGUCAUCUCAGCUCUAAGCUGUUUCUCAAUUUGUAUAGUUCUGGUUUAAGCUCUAGAAAAAGCUCCCACGGUGGGGAGAAAGGGGAAAAAGUGUGCCUUUAAGUCAUUUUUGUUAAUGCCUUAAUUUCUCUGUAAGUUCAUUUUUUCACCAUCCCUCCUCAGUCCUAUCCCUUUUUGAUUUGCCAUCUAAUUAACAAUUAUCCUACAUAAAGACAGAAAAGAAUCACAUAUAUAUCCCCAGCCUCAAUGCAUGUUUUGGCCCUGAUCCUGCACCAGGCGUGUUCAAAGAAACCAUGAAUAUCUCACCAGCCUGUGGAUCAUUGUGGAUGAGCAUUAAUUCACUUCCAACACAGCGCAGUUCUGUGUGACUGCAUCAUCACUCAGCUGUGCUUUGAUUUGCACAUCUGAAUUAUGUGUCCUGUUUAUGCCUGCAGUUCUCAAUCUGUCAAGCGAUAUAUGCGAUAUAUGCGUGCAAGCCUAUUUACAAGGAUGGACCUCCUUAGUUGGAUCACUCUGUGUGUCAUAAAAUCCUUUUUGUAACAAAAGUUUUGCAUAUGGUGGACUGUUUCAUGACCAAUGCUUUGACAUUCUCUUUUUUCGCUAUUUUUCUUCCUCCUCCACUCUGUCAUUGUUUGAAAGACUCCUUGUCAUUUAUUGUAAAUAAUUUGAUUUCUUGUAUCACUUGUACAAACUCUGUUUUGAUGAAAGUUUGUCCAUUCAUAAAGAAAAAAACAAAGAAAAA